UCCACGUCAGAACAGGAACGAACCAGGCUCGACUUGUCUGUGUUUCCCUGACUAUUGAUACCGAUAUACAUUAAUAUAUAUAUUAGUAUAUCUAAAAUGUUGCAGAUAUAAAAUGUCCCAAACCGUGCUUUCACUAUUCUCGUGGGGAACUGCCAAGUCCCUCCUGUUAUUCUUUGGACCAGCUCUCCUCCCCCGCGCUAUCAACUACUAUCGCUCCCUCCGAGUCCAGCUCGCACACCGUCCUCCUCCCCGACCACUGCCAUCGCAAGCAAACCAUGCCCUGAACGUGCUCUUUGGCGCGAUCGUGCUGUUCCUCACUCUCAGCGUGCCCAUCAAUCCACACGCUCCAGCUCCCAACAUCUUCGCACAGACCGGCUCGCGCAUCACCACUCCCACCGAUGUCAUUUUCGCGCGUCUGGCUCGCUAUCGGCCCGACCACACACUGACCGAGUACGACAAACUCCUCCGCUCGAAACUAACAUCUACCGCCGCACGAAAGGUCUAUCUACGAUUCGGCCCUGAGGCACUUGUGUCGUGCCAAUACUGCGACUUGGAAGACACCACCUCCUAUCUACUACACUACCUACCAUUCAACUCCGCAGUGCCACAUCUCCUACACCUUUUUAUUAUUGGCCUGGUCACAUCUGCCUCCUUCGCCGGCGCCGACGCCGCACGAUGGCGCACCUGGUUGACCUUCGCUGCAAUCCUAAUCGCCAUCGCGGAUUUCUCCAUCAUGGCCGCCUUUGACCCGCUGGCGGCAGCUUCUGCGGCCGUCCGCGCCGGCCAGAUCCCGCCGUCAAGUCUCUUCCACAGCAUGAACCUGCUGCGACCACUGACUCUGGCGCUCUUCGAUGUAGUCUCCGCCGCGCUAAUCUACAUCUCUGCUACGCACCGGUUCUUCUACCGCCCGCCGUCGCAGGCAGACCAGAUCGAGCAGCUGGUGACAGGCGCGGUGGCGGCGUUGAACAACGUCACAUCGAAACUACACGGAGUCAGCGUGGCACGCAAUGCGGUGGUGCGCGACAAGACGCUCAAGGCGCGCGACGACUGGUAUUGGCGCACGGCCGUGGCGAUGGAAGGGCCCGGCAGUUCUGGUGCUGGUGCUGGCAGUAUCUGGGAAGAUGAGGAGGUGGUGCGAGCCAUGUCUCGCGCGAUGAAUGAGCGUCGAGGUGCUGGUCGGGGGCUGGACAUGGCUCAGCUUGGCGUCAAUGCUGGCGAGUAUGUCGACGGCAUCACGAAGGGGCUGGAGGAUGCGAGCGAUCAGGCUACAUAGCAGAAUGGAAGGCCUAGCGAUCAAACCUAAGCAUCUGAUAAUACCCCUCGUAGAAGAGCACCGCAAGUAAGGCUAGCAGUAGCGGGGUAGUCUCGCUGUCUCAACAUGUAGUAAGAGUACUGGUAGAAAAAGCAAAAAUAAGACGAAUCACGCCCGGCCUGAUAGGCCCAGCGCGCGGGACUCGUGGAGCCAGCGG